CUCCCAUCUGGGUCCAGUGAUGGCGAGUGUUCAUCCCCCGCCAUGAAGCAAGCUCGUUAUCCUGUCCGCAACCGCCGCAGGAGGCUAAAGGCGGCCGCGCCGCUAAUUCUGGCCCUGUUGGGCAUUUUCUCGCUCCUUAGACUCUUCUCUAUAUACCCAAACCACCAUGCACAAGAGAUUGAACCACCUCAGCCGGUCGUGGGGAAAGUUUCAAUGAUAUACGGCAACCACUCAAUUUAUGAGCGAGGCCUUGAAACGCAUCGUGAACACAGCCGGCGGCAUGGAUAUCCUCUUAUCGUGCUGCGAAGGCCCAUUCUCGAUGGUGUGUGGAAUAAAUACGCCAUCCUCUUGUCAGCUCUUUUGGAGGAACUCCAAAAGCCACCGCACAAGCGUCUCCAGUGGCUAUUCUGGGCGGACGGCGACACAGUUCUCAUGAACCCGAACAUCCCCCUAGAGAUAUUCCUCCCACCACCACACAUCAAGGACGUCCACAUGCUCCUCACCAAAGACUGGAAUGGAAUGAACAACGGCGUCUUUCCGAUCCGGGUGCAUCCGUGGUCCGUCGAGCUGCUCUCAUCAGCGAUCGCCUACCCACGACUCCAUCCCGAAGUCGACCUGUACUGGCCGGACCAGUCGGCAUUGCAGAACGUGUUGGAUGGCAGCCCUUACUUCUCCAGCUCUGUGGUGUAUUGUCCCCUCCGGUGGUUCAACGCCUACAUGGGCAAACCGGACGGAUCGGGCCUGAACCCGGAUUCUCCGAAAUACCUCCAGAUUCACCCGGGAGAUCUGCUGGUGCAUUUCCCAGGGACGCCGCCCGAUCACCUGAAUACGACGAUCGGGCCGUAUUUGGAUAUCGCGGAGUCGCAUCGCGCGCAUUGGGAGUUACCCCUAGAAAGUACAGGCUAUGUAGAGGAGACACGGAGGUUCUGGGAAGAUUUCCGACCGUCACCGCUGGGGGCAUAGAUUUCUAUUUUUGGGUUUCUGUAUAGUAUAUUAUUUUAUAGCGUAUAUAUGGAGUCAAGUGAUGAUUAUGAUUCGGGCGUAUUCGGAAUAAACGAACUUAUGCAUUCAUAGAGCACGGCGUUCGUUGAGAAAAGC